UUAUAAAAUAAUUUUCUCACUUGUAAUAUUUGUACAGUUGACGACUCGAACUUAUCUUUGUUGCUUCACUCUAAGCAAGAAUUCAGAAGAUUUAUGACCUGAGCUCCUAUUUUGUUACUGCUGUUUAGUCUCUCUUCUUUUAAUUGAGGGACUUCUGCUUGCGUAUUAUGAGAAUGUCAAAGGGACUGGACUACGAAUUAUUGAAUGAAAAUGUGAAGAAGUGCCAAUAUGCUGUUAGGGGAGAAUUGUAUCUUCGAGCUUCUGAGCUUCAGAAGGAAGGGAAGAAGAUCAUAUUCACAAAUGUUGGGAAUCCUCAUGCUCUAGGGCAGAAGCCGUUGACAUUCCCGCGCCAGGUGGUUGCUUUGUGUCAAGCUCCAUUUUUACUGGAUGAUCCCAAUGUUGGACUUGUAUUUCCGGCUGAUACAAUUGCAAGAGCAAAACAUUACCUUUCACUAACUUCAGGCGGUCUAGGUGCUUACAGUGAUUCAAGAGGCAUUCCUGGUGUAAGGAAAGAGAUUGCAGAGUUUAUUGGAAGGCGGGACGGGUAUCCAAGUGACCCGGAACUCAUUUUCCUAACUGACGGUGCCAGCAAAGGAGUUAUGCAAAUUUUGAAUGCUAUCAUUGGAGGCCAAAAUGACGGGAUCUUAGUUCCUGUUCCACAGUACCCGCUUUAUUCUGCUACAAUAUCAUUACUGGGUGGUUCUCUUGUCCCAUAUUAUCUGGAGGAGUCAGCAAAUUGGGGUCUUGACAUUGAUAAUCUCCGUGAUGCAAUUCGACAAGCCUCGUUCAAAGGAAUAACUGUACGUGCUAUGGUCAUUAUAAACCCUGGAAAUCCUACAGGACAAUGCCUUAGUGUAGCCAACCUAAAAGAAAUAGUGAAUUUCUGUAUCCAAGAGAACUUGGUGCUUCUAGCUGAUGAAGUAUAUCAGCAAAACAUAUACCAAGAUGAGCGCCCCUUUAUAAGUGCACGAAAGGUUUUGUUGGACAUGGGUUCACCACGGAACAAGGAGCUCCAACUUGUGUCAUUCCACACUGUAUCAAAAGGAUACUGGGGUGAAUGUGGACAGAGGGGUGGAUACUUCGAGAUGACAAAUAUCUCCCCAAAGACAGUUGACGAGAUAUACAAGAUUGCUUCAAUAGCACUAAGUCCUAAUGUACCUGGGCAGAUAUUUUUAGGAUUGAUGGUUAAUCCACCAAAGCCUGGAGAUAUCUCGUAUCCUAGGUUUGAACAAGAGAGCAAAGGGAUCCUUGAAUCAUUGAGGAAGAGAGCGCGGAUAAUGACCGAUGGAUUUAACGGCUGUAGAAAUGUUGUGUGCAACUUCACAGAAGGUGCAAUGUACUCAUUCCCUCAAAUAUGCUUACCACCAAAGGCAAUUGAAGCCGCUAAGAAGGCCGGAAAACAUCCUGAUGUUUUCUACUGUCUGAAGCUCUUGGAAGCUACUGGAAUCUCCACUGUUCCUGGAUCAGGAUUCGGGCAAAAAGAAGGGGUCUUCCACAUGAGAACUACCAUCCUACCAGCUGAGGAAGAUAUGCCUGCUAUCAUGAACAGCUUUAAGAAGUUCAAUGAUGCGUUCAUGGAGCAGUACGAGGACAACCGAGGAUACUCGAGGAUGUAAAUAUCAAAAUAAAAAAUGUGAGAUUUAUUUGAAACCCCUUCGUUGUUUGCUCUUAACAAAUGAACUUUGUAUACCCACUCUCCAUCAUCUCACCCCACCCCACCAUGCUUGUAAAAACUUAAAUUUGAAUAAUGUACACUCUUGCAAAUCAAGAUCGCAAAUCGAAAUGUUUUUUAUUUCAAUUUGAAUAAUGUAGCAAAUUUAAUGUCACUGUACAUUGCAUGUGAA